AUGCACCGAUCUAUUUUAUUCAUUCUUUGUUUGGCUAUUAUACAUUUGAAUCACGCAUGCUAUAUAACCAAUUGUCCUAUCGGUGGUAAACGAAACUUACAUUUUGAUAAUAAUUUACAUAAUCAUCAAUGCCCAAGAUGUGGACUAAAUGGUCAAUGUUUUGGUCCAUCAAUUUGUUGUACUGGCCUAGCUUGUCGUAUUGGCAAUCCAUCUGACAUUCGUCAAUGUUCACUGGAAGACCGUAAUGUCAUACCAUGUGAAAUUAAGACUACAAUCUGUUCAGCUUUACCAAAUGGUCGAUGUGCUGCCAAUGGAGUAUGUUGUGGUAUAGCAGUAAAUGAAACAGCAACGAAAUAUGUUAGGACAUAUGUUCGUAUUGAUUCAUUAGAUUUUCCAUUAUCAACAGCAAAAUAUUUUAAACGAGAAUAA